AUGACAGGAGAGGUAGUCAGUGUGAAAGUAAGAAAGCAUCGAGAAAAGAAAACCUAUACCAAAGCAAUCAAUACAGCUGGCAAGAAAGAAUACAGCAGCUAUUGCAGCAAACAUGAGGACAUCAUGCUCGUGCAUGCCCUGUUUUUUGCUGUUGUUUUUAAAAGUGUUAAUAAUAAGAUAGUUAUCUCCAACAUCUUGAUUGUAAUUGCAUUUUCUACAAUAAAAGUCACUAAUGCUACCAUUGUCACCACAUUUGUUAUGUCACCAGUCUUUUAUACAAACUUGUAUACGGUGAAAUGUUGGCUGAAGAUUUUCUCCCGAAAGAUCAGUUAG